AUGUCUCAACAAUCAAACACUUCAUUCACACCACUUACAACUAGUCAAUUGACCUCCACUCAACGAUUGAUUUCACCAACACUCCAUCUAGGUGUACACUACCAAGCCGACAUUAUCAAUGGCAAGAUUUAUUCUCUCACUCAAAUUCCUGGAGAUUAUUUGUGGGGAAGAGAGGGAAGAUAUCCAGUGAGUUUCUUCCUGUUGGAAGCUGUUGUGGUGAAUAAUAUGGUCGGAAAGGAUUUUAAAACUGCCUUGAUAAAGUUGAAGGAAAUUAUAUUGAGUAGCAUUGCUAGACGAUCGUUUAAUGAUGAUGAUGAGGCAGAUCAACAAGUUACUUCUCGAUUGGAGGAAGAACUUGUGCAAGAUUUGGAUGAAUAUUUGAGUUUGAGUUAUCCAAGUGAUUAUAUUCAAAUUGCAAUUGUUGAAGAGGUUGCAUUGAGAUACAUGGAUAUUCAAACUCAUAGACCACUUGCCUUUUUUGAAGGACCUAGAGCAGAUGAUAAGACCAUUCAACAACAAAGAGAAGCACUCUCAAUGCUCAGUGCCGUUGAAGCUCGCUUAAAAAACAAAUAA